AUGCGCCACCACAAUAGCGUCUCUGGGUGCUGUGCAUUUGGUCUAGAAUGCAUAUAUGAAGUACCACAUACAUGUCUAUUGGUAGAAAAUGAGUGCAAUUUUUGUACUCUUCUCGAAAGAAAAAUUUUAAUUUGCAGCUCCGAAACUAGUUCAACAACGGAGAUUACAGAAGACACGACAAAUACCUUAGAGCAAGGACGCGGCGAUACAGCUCCACAAACAACGGGCAGAGGAACAACGAGACAAAGACGAAGCCAAGACAUCGUAUACUGUAUCAAAGAAAAUCUCCGAGGAUUGAACGAAGCAAGGCUGGCGCAGCAGAUGACUCGCCAAAAUGACGACUUUCAUCACUUUGGAAUGAUGGUGGCCGAGCGCCUGAGAAAGAUGCCUAGGCUGCAGGCCUUAAGGGCAAUGUCCGUUGUGCAACAACAGCUGUUGAACUACGAAGAGGAACACCUCAUGAACCAAUAA